AUGGGCCGACUCUUGGGGGUUACAGUUCAACGUACAGAGAGGAGCAACAUGCACAUUGAGAGCAUGUGGAGAGUGAGUCUCUUGGUGGUGGUCUUGUGUGCCACUCUAACUCUGGCCCAGUUCCCUCGUGAGUGUGUAACCACUGCAGGGCUGCAGAGCGGCCAGUGCUGCCCGUCCCCUACAGGGGCAGUGGGGGACGAGUGUGGCUCCAGCACAGGAAGGGGGCAGUGUGUGUCCAUUGCAGCAGACAACCGGCGCCACGGACCUCAGUACCCUUAUGCUGGGCGCGAUGACAGAGAGAGGUGGCCGCUGCGAUUCUUCAACCGCACUUGCCAGUGUAAUGGGAAUUUCAGUGGCUACAACUGUGGGGGAUGUCGAAAUGGGCUGACUGGACCGAACUGUGAUCAGAGGAUCUCUGUGGUGAGGAGGAAUAUAAUGCAGAUGAGUUCAGCUGAGAAGCAGGCAUUUGUGAACGCUUUGGACCAAUCUAAAAGGACUGUCCAUCCUGACCUGGUCAUCUGUACAAGACGUUACCAGGAGGUACUUGGGCCUGAUGGCAAUACCCCCCAGUUUGAGAACAUCACCAUUUACAACUACUUUGUUUGGAGUCACUACUACUCUGUCAGUAAGACCUUCCUGGGGCCGGGCCAGACCAGCUUUGGAGGUGUAGACUUUUCUCAUGAGGGCCCAGGUUUUGUCACCUGGCACCGUUUCCACCUGCUGCAACUGGAAAGAGACAUGCAGGACAUGCUGGGUAACCCCACUUUCGCCCUGCCCUACUGGAACUUUGCCAUUGGAGGCAGUGAGUGUGACGUCUGCACUGAUGACCUGCUGGGAGCCAGGAGCACCUUCGACCUGAACUCUAUCAGCACCAACUCUUUGUUCUCCCAGUGGAGGGUCAUCUGUGAGAGCGUGGAUGACUACGACAGUUUGGGCACUAUCUGCAACAACACAGAGACCAGUCCCAUCAGGAGGAACCCAGCGGGCAACGUGGCACGACCCAUGGUCCAGAGGCUUCCAGAGCCAAAGGAUGUGUUGGACUGUCUGGAGCUCAACACCUUCGACACUCCCCCUUACUACUCUACCUCCUCUGAGAGCUUCAGAAACACCAUUGAAGGCUACAGCGCCCCCCAGGGGAUGUAUGACCCAGUAAUCCGCAGCCUCCACAACCUGGCCCACCUCUUCCUCAAUGGGACAGGUGGACAGACCCACCUCUCCCCCAAUGAUCCCAUCUUUGUCCUGCUGCACACCUUCACUGAUGCUAUCUUUGACGAGUGGCUCAGCAGGCACCAGCCAGGUGAAGUAGUUUACCCUGAGGAGAACGCUCCUAUUGGACACAACCGCAGGUUCAACAUGGUUCCUUUUUGGCCUCCUGUCACCAAUGCAGAGAUGUUUGUCUCUGCCCCAGAAAACUUGGGAUACUCCUAUGAGGUCCAGUGGCCUGCCCGUGCCUACACCCUGUCUGAGAUCAUCACCAUAGCCGUUGUUGCCGCGGUGCUGGUUGUGGCAGUGGUGGGUGGUGUCAUUGCCUGUGCUGUGCGAGCCCGGUCUUACCGCUCAGCUGAGGCCCUGGAGCCACUACUGGGAGAGACUUUCCGACGGUACUCAGAGGAUGACCGCAGGUUGGAUAAAUCACAGUCUGUUGUCUAA